AUGGUAGACCUGAUCGGGAUUACCUCAAGUAUAGAUGGAAACCCUCUGGGUGUGAUCUUCCACGUGGAUGUGGUUCAUAACAAAGAAAAGGGCAGGAUUGUGAGACUGGAUUCCAUUAAAUAUGGGCACAUGUGGAAAGGAGAUGUAUUGAUUUUCAAUACCUACCAUUGGUGGACUCAUUCAAGAGAUUCUGAAACAAGGGUUCACUUUCAAGUAGGCAAUGAAAUAAUAGAAGACAUGGGUAUCUUCGAAGCUUACAAGAUUGGGUUAACAACUUGGUCUAAAUGGAUAGAUGCUAACAUUGAUCCCUCAAAGACAACAGUUUUGUUCCAAGGAAUUGCUGCAUCCCAUUUUGAGGGAAAGGGAUGUCUGAGAAAAACUGAGCCAGAACAAGGACCCCAGCCACCUUAUCCUGGUGUAGAAAUUGUGAAGAGUGUUUUGAGCAGAAUGUCAUGUCCUGUAUAUUUGCUUGACAUUACAUUGCAGACACAGAUGAGGAUAGAUGGCCAUCCUUCUAUAUACACAGGCAAAGGCACCUCUUAUGAGGACUGUAGUCACUGGUGUCUAGCUGGUGCUCCUGAUACUUGGAAUGAAAUCUUUUAUGCUGCUUUGCUUGGAGUAUAA